UUACGCAUCAACGAAAAAUUCAAUAUCUCCGGAUUAUCAACAUUCCAGAGUGUUGACACCUCUGUCAGAGUGCUCUGCUUUACCAUUACUAUAACAUCACCAUCUCUUUCUUCAAUAUUGACUUCUUAUAAUUCUCUCUCAGUUUCUUGUUUUCGAAUGCCGCGUAAUGUCAAAUACAAGAAUGCGUGAAUAGGUUUACGUUCUCAUUAGUUUUUAACGUAUAAAAUAUAACAGGUGUAAAUGAAACAAUAGAAAAAUGAGUUCUUUGCAACAAGGUAGCAGAUUUUUACCUUUUUCAAAUAAUAAUAUACAAAGGAAGCAACUAUCAAUGCAAGGUGGUCUUCCACAAAGUUUAAGUGGUAGUGAAACUGAUGUUUCAACUUCAAAUGAGAAUCUAACCAAUGAAGAUCGCUAUGUUAUAAGACAUACAGCUCGCCAAGAACCUCAAGGUCAAGAAAAUCAACAACAAAGUCCAUCCAGAUCUUCCAGUCAUAAAGAAAACAUACCAAAUAUACAAGGUAACCUGCUCAACAGAAAUAGUUUAAAGGACAGUUUGAAUGGUUCAAACAGAAACAGUUUAAAAGAGAAUUUAAAUGGUUCUAAUCGAAAUAGUCUUAAAGACAGCAUUAAUGGUUCUAAUAGAAAUAGUUUGAAAGAUAAUUUAAGUAAUCGUACCAGUGUAGGUUCAAAUAGAAGUAGCUUAGAUGUGUCUACAAGCUCCUACAAUACACUUAUAAUACACAAUGCUAAUGAUGAUAAUUCAUGGGUACCAUCUGGAAGGCUGUCAAGCGUAGUGAGAGAACAUGGAGAUAUGGGUUAUUUAUAUUGUGAUGCUGGUGGAAAAGGACAUUCAAAUAGUCCUACUAUGCAAUCUUUAUCAAAUUUAACUCAUGAAGAUCAUAUUUAUGAGCAAUCUAAUAAUGGAGGAUGUCAAGAAAUAACAGACAUACCAGAUGAUUAUCUCAGUCAAUCGCAGGUAUUAAAACAUCUUGCAAAAGAAGUUAAAGUACCAUCUUAUAGUAAGUUAACAAAUAAUGGAGGAAAUAUUGAUAUGAGAAUGAGAGAUGGUGAUAGAGGGAAACAAAAUGAUAGCGAGUCAGAAGAUAGACCACCACCUUCAUAUAUGUCUGUUUUAUUACCUUUAAAAAAUAAAUCUCGACUUCUUGGACCAAUGGAAAAAUUGACAUUAUCAAGAUCACAACCUGACUUGUCUAGAAUUGGCAAACCAGAUAUUGAUAAUUACAAUUUGCGAACGACUUCACCACGACCUCAAACAAAAGGAAGGGAAGAGACAGAAUCUGCAACAGGUGAAAUUUGGCCACCAUCAGAAAUGAUACAAAUCGUAAUCCAAGAAAAUAGCGCUUUAAAACUAGAAUUAGAACGGUGUUAUAACAAAGUUGCUAAAUCUCAAAAGUUGGAACAAGAAAUUGCAAAGGUGCACAGGGCUCACGAAGAAUUGGCUGCGUCAAGUGAACGAAGAGAGAAAUUGGAACGAGCUGCUAGAUUGAGGUUACAAAAUGAUUGUAGACGAUUAACCGAAUUAAAUCGCGCAUUGCGAGAUCAAAUAGAUUUAUUAUCAGCACGUACUGAUAGUCCUCCGAUCGUGGAAUCUAUGAGAAAAGAGUUAACGCAACGAGAAUUAUUAAUUGGCCAAUUGAUUACACAAAAUAAAGAACUAGCUGCGGCGAAAGAAAGACAGGAAAUCGAAUUAGCAGCACAAAGAGCAACGUUACAGGAACAACGUACACAUAUAGAUAUUCUAGACACUGCUCUUACUAAUGCACAAGGAAAUGUGGUGCGUCUUGAAGAAGAGUGUCGAAAGAAACAAGUAUAUGUAGAAAGGGUAGGUCAACUUCAACGAGCUUUGUCUUCUCUUCAAGCAUCCAGUGAUAGAAGAGAAGAAACAGAAAGACAGUUGAGAGGUCAAUUAGAACGGGAAUUAAGAGAAGGCGGAGGUGGCGGUGGCGGUGGUGCUAACGGUAAUGAACAAUCUUCUAAUGGAGAAACAAUCGCAGAGUUAAAACGACGAAUACGCGAAAGAGAUGAAAAAAUUAUGUCACUGGAAGGUGACGUUGCAAAAUGGGAACAACGUUAUCUCGAAGAAAGUGCUUUAAGACAAGCAGCAAUUGAUGCAGCUAGUUUACCAAAGGAUGCAAAGAUAGCUGCAUUAGAAAAAACGAGUCAAGAUGCAGAGAAAUUAAUUGCAGAAGCACGAUCCGAAAAAAUGAGACACAUGGAUGAAGUUCAUGCUGCACAAAAAAAAUUGGCUGAUCUUGAAUCUAGAAUGAAAGAUUUAGAAUCAAAGUUAGCUGAAAGGGAUGCAAUGAUUAGAGUUCUUCAAAAACAUACAUAUGAUAAGGAUAGUAGUAGCAGUAGUGGUGUUGGUAGUUAUCCUGCUGCACAUUCGUCUCAUUCAAGUACAUCAGCGGAUCACCACACUGCAUUGACAAGUACACCAGAACUUGGUAAAAAAUUAAGCAGUGUAUUAGGUGGUGGUAGUGGUUAUGGAAGUACUGGUUCGUAUGGUGUUACAGACAGUUACAAAUAUAGGAAACAGGGCAGCUUUGAGCAAACAAAUAAAAGUCUCGAUGAUCAAUUAAAAGAACUAGACUCCCAACUACUUAGUAAGCGGGCACUUUGCUGUUUUCCAGGAUUCUCUAAUCCAGGCACUGCGUCGCGAAAAGGAAAAAUACCCAAGCCAUUAUUGGCGGGUGUAGAUAGCACAGGUACCUCGAGCACCGCCUCGAGCAAGAGUCGCCUAUUGGACGACUCCGGUGGUGAGGUCUCGCCCGGUAUCAUGGAAUUUGCGAGUGCAGCCUCGAGGCUGAAAGGCACUGUGUCGAGAUUAUCAGACGGUAAGCCCGAGGACAUGAUGCUGCUGGAGAAGCAGGGCAGAAGUUCGCAGAGGCAGAGGAUGCAAGAGGGCGAGCCACGUCGCGCGGGCAGCCUUCCUCCCAGCUCGUUACCUCGACCACCGAAGAAUAUGAAGUCAACGGGCUCACGUUACUGCAGACUUAGCGAUACGGAGACUCGUAAAAAAUCAGAUCCAGGCCCGGCUCUGGACACGUCGGCGAGUAUGAAGGUACGCGACACGAAUAACUGCACCAUCGAGUACGGAAGAUUCGACACGAAGGCUCAGCGCCGAAAGAAAUCGUCCGCCGCGGAACCAUUGGUCGUAAAUAACUCGUUGAAAAAGCCAUCCUCCGCGACUACGAGCCACGAGUACGAGCGUCUUCAAGGUGAAAAUAUUCGAAAGAAACAGCCCAACAAUUCGGAGACGAAGCACAGGGAAACGCAGAGCCGUUCACUGAUACCGCCACCGUCGUCUCGUCGUAUCGGGGAGUACGGUCGUCUCAGUGAUGGCACGUUGAGAAAGCAGGCUGGUUCACGCGGACAAAGCACCGGGAGCACGGUGAGCAGCAAGAGCGGGGGACGCGAUUCUGGAGGCACGGCUAGCAGCGAGGCAUCCACAUCAUCGUUGCCACCUUCCAAGGCGAGAUCCAUACCUCGCCCGAACAAUUACCGUAUUCAGUUUUAAUUUAUAAUAACAAUUUUUGGAAUCGAAUUAGUCUUUCCCUAAUCUAAAAAGAGACUCCUUCGAGGACAUUGAAGAUGCUUCUCUCCAAGGAAUAACUUGAGGAACUUGAAGGAUAUCAUUUUCCAUACUUUAUCUUCCAGUUAUUUUUUUUUUUUUUUUUUUUUUUUUUACCAAAUAUUGGUAUACACGUUUAUUUCAUUCUCAUAAAUUUUCUAUUAUGUUUUUGACGAACGAUGGAAAAUUUUUUUCUAGUGGAUAUUUAAGAAGCACGCAACAGGAUCGAAUUUGUUGAAUGAUCGAAUGGAAACGAGCGAUAAAACGACGAGAAUAGAUAGAGAAUGAGAGGCAGAUAAAGGUGAUCGAGAAGGGGAAGCGAAAAAUCAAAAGCGUGAUCGAUUUCGAGAGAGUCUCUGCUUCGCUCUUCAGCAGUUUGGAUCCUGUCUAGAGUCCUAAUGUACGUAUGUGCGCGAGCGAUACGUUUAUACACAGCCAUAAUAUUAAACGAUCCGUUAGUUCCCUUCUAUUUACCAUUAAUAAUAACGGAGAAGCCGAUCGCCAUGACGUAGCGAGGAACAACGAUAUAUCGUUGCGUAGCGAUAGUGCAUGACCUAGUCAUUACCAAAGUAAACUUCUGUAAUGAAAAUGGAAUUGAUUUCCUCUCGUUUCGUACGCAUUUACAUCUAGAAACAUUGCGGCCUUUAUCAAAAACAUAUACACACACACACAUAUAUAUAUAUAUAUAUAUACGUAUAAUAUGCGAAAAAGAAGUGCCUUGUUAAAGACUGCGUGAAAAAAUGAAAUGAACAGUCGGUACAAUUAGGAAUAAGAAUACUUAUAUCCGGGAAAUUUUCAGAAUCCCCGAGGAAAACACUUGUGUAUUUUGGCUAAAAUUACGAUCGUAUGGCCUUUGAACGGACAUGUUAUAUUUCGUACGUGUAUUUUAUCUUUCCGCAAAAAAAAAAAGUACCGCAUUUCUACACAUGUUUUAUGAAAAUAUUUUUCCUCCUGUUGGUUUUAUUUAUGUAUCUUUAAGAUUGUUUCCUUGUUGGAAACGCUGUAAAGAUACCGAGGUAUCCAAUCGGUUUUGCUUUUCGUAGGAAAAGUGAAACUAUGGUAAGGCGAGUCACGAAAGUUCGAUUGCUCCGAUAAAAAAGCGAAAGAUUUGAUUAUAAUGUAUAUAUAUAUAUAAAUAUAUAUAUAUAUAUAUAUAUAUAUUUUAUAUAAUCAUAUUUUUAUGUGUACAUGCUCUCGAUUCAACGAUUUUUGAAUAUUAAUUCACGUCGAAAGAAAUAUAUAUAAAUGAUUAUAACGAUUCGAUUAAUUUAAAAUGAUAUAACGACAGUGAAUAUUUAAAAAUAAUAUAUUUCGCGAUACAGUAGUUUUUCGAGCGUUUCUAUUUCUCGGAAAUAUCGUUCAAAAUCGGUCGAAAGAUAUCGUACGAUUUUUCUCCUCGUCCCUCUAAGUUUUUUAAUACAUUUCGAUUCGAUAAACGAGAUUAUUCGAGCGAUAACAGUUUUCAGGAAGAAAUGUUUCUACGUCGUAUUUCUUGUUUUCAGGAUGAUCAAGUUUAUAUCUUUUAAUGUCGUUAAAUGAUAUAUCAGGCUAUAUUUUAAAUUUAUGACAUUGUGAAUUGAUGGAUGAAAAAUCAGAAUGAAGAUAUUGCCAAGUUCAAGUACUUUUUUAUGCUUUUAUAUUAAUUGUAAAGGAAAUAUUAUAGAAAAAAAAUUACAGAAGCAAUUUUCGUGAUUAGUAUAGGUACCUAUAAGACUGAAAAAAAAAAAAAAAAAGAAAAAAAAUGAAUAUCGACGAAACAAAUUUUCUUCUUUGCGAUUUGCUACCAUGCGUUCUUUCUCAAUUCCCUUUUUCAAUCUAUUCUUUUUUUCUCUCCUCUUCGCGCGUAUAUGUACACAUUUACAUCUACAUGUAUUCGUAUAUACAAGUGGAGUUGGUGAAUGUACAUAAAUUCGUGUACAUUAAAACGAUGUAUUGUUCAUGAUACAAGUUCCUCGAAGACUACAGGGACAUUCGUGGUAAAUAUAGCGGAAAUUUCAUUAACAUUUUCUCUCUUUCUCUCUCUCUCUCUCUCUUUCUCUCUUUCCCCUCUCUUUGUAAUAUUUUCGUCGAAUGUUACGUAGCUUGUUGAAAGAGAGAAAGAAGCAGAAAGAAUGGAAAAAAAAAAAGAAAGAAAUAAAGGGAAACAAAAUCUUUUUCCUUUUGACAUGUAUAUGUAUUAAAGUCAUUGUUUCCGCAGGGACGUCGGAAAUUUUAGAAUGAAUUGUUUAUUUUUGUCUUAAGCGAAACAAAGAGAGAAAAAUAUAAAUAAAAGGAACGAAAAAAUGCGUAGAAUGCCAAAGCAAAUUAUAGGAUGCCGCACACACUACGAUUUAUAAUGACAAAUAUGUUUUAAUAUAAUUUUAGCGUAUUUAUUUGUUUUCGUUUUUUGUGUUAAUUAUCUAUUUUACGUAUAGGGUGAAUUUUCUAUCAAUUUUUCAUUCCUUUCGCGGACGUUUAAGAAAGGAAUAUUUUUUUCAAUAGCUUCCGUUUUAAAACACGCAGUCUUACACGAUGGUAAGAAAAUUUAGAACUGAGUGACGACUGAUAAAAGACUCACCCUUUAUACGUUGGGUGUUCAUUAAGAUUACGGUAUGUUUAGAAAAUGAGAGAUCUCUGGUCUACUUUGCAAGUUUGUAAUGAAAAUUACUAUAUUGAUUCAAUAGUUUUCGAGUUUAGAGAAUUGAACGGAUUUCAAAAAGUGACCUGUUACUUCCGGUGGCCUUUAAAAGUAAUAUAAGUAUGUAAUGUAUUAAAAAAAGAAAAAAAAAGAAAAAAAAAACAAACAAAGUUUUUUUUAUAAAUUCAAAAUUUUUUU